AUGCCUCAGCGAGAGAGUCAGUUUCAUUUGUCUAACUCCUCCCGUCCCUCGCAAAACACCUACAGAGAAACUUCCUCCCGUCGGAACACCAGGUCGUUUAGCAGGGACAGACGACCGACCACCCAAAGACAUGUACGAUCUUCACAAGAGAUUCCAAGCACCUUUCCACAUGACUCAGCCAGACGAUUGCCUACGAGAUCGUCACAGGCGCGAGGACAAGAAACGGAGUCUGAAGACGAUGUCUCCGAAUACGGGGACCCAUCAGAAAGAGCUUCACAGAUUGAUUUACAGCUUCAUGGCGAGAUGUAUUUGACAAAAGACGGGAGAGUCAAUGCCCGACAACCUACGAGCCCGCCACUCUCAAGCCUACCACCCCAGGAGUCUCAAUUUCAGCAAUCCUCGUCGAGGGAUACGUUACCGUCGGCCGCACGAAAUAGAGAAUCUGACGCGAACCAGCCGCAUGACACUUUUUAUGCCUCCCCCGGGCGUGGUAAUAGGUCUCCUACCCGUCGAAACGCCCUAACUAGUCAGACACAUACUCACUCUGGUCAUCAAGAUUCUGAGUCUAUUAGAACAUCGUCGGGGGGGACCCGCCCCGAAGCCCGUCGUCAACUUUCUGAGCUUUCUAGACCGGCGUCGAUAAGAGCCCCUUCCGAAGUCGUCAGGAGUACAGAUUAUGCUAGUGGCAGCGGCGGUGGGUAUUCUGGAGAGUCGUCGUCACAAAAUCUACUAGCGCCGGUAGACCCUACCGAUCCCAACAAAACCAGAGCUCUCCGACAUCGUAGCUUAGGGCAAUUCGACAUUGAGCUGAGGACUCUAAUCGAAAAAGCUGGGUGGCAUCUCACCAAAGAGACACUAUUCAAAAACCCGAUGCCCUCGGUAUUGGAAUUGGCGUCCAUGGUCAGAAAUUCAUGGGAUUUUGCCAGGGCGGGAACCGACUUUCCAGCGGAGUUGUCGACCGGCGUGUCUGGGCAGGUGAGGUUUUAUCAUCAACGGACUCGUUCACACAUGAUGGAGAAGGCAAAGGCGGUAAUCGCGUUAUAUUACGGCCUAGCCGGCAUGACCGGUGAGCAAGCAAAAGCCCGUGUCGAUUACCUCCUGACAGAUGACCGUUUCAAUUGUGAUCCCACUCAUUACGAGCCCGCGCAAUGGCAUUUCGCCGCACCUCAAAUACCGCGUUUUAUCGUCUACGCCUACUAUAAGACCAAUCGUGGGAUUGCCGUCAACCAUCCGGAAUUUGAGAGUUGUAUCAACCCGUCUUUUAUCUGCCUGGUUUCUACUGUACUUUACCAUGCGCUGAGAGUCCACGUAAUUGGAGGCAGCAACUGGAAGAAUGGUGUCUUCAAUAAGGACUAUUGCGGCGUAAUUUUCGAGAGGCACAUGCGCACAUGGAAGAGGUCCUUCCCCGACGAUGAGACGUCAAAUCUAGUACUGAAGGGGAUUCGACACGAGAUAUUGAAACGGAUUAAGAGGACAAACUGCUGCAGGAUUACCGCUACGGAGAGCAGGGAGGCAAUUAUUGACCCUGGAGUAGGCAGCUUUUUGGAGGGUCUCCGAUCCAAGCUCAGUACGGAGACUGACGACGACGAUAUGGGGUCCGACGAGGCAGGCGACCCGCCGUUUGACGAUGACGACGGGGAGGAGGGCAAUGUCACUCCACCUACAGUCGGGGACUACGUAGUCGAUGCAGAAAGCCAGAUAGAUGGGACUAUUGGAACAAUUACCGGGAUUAAUGUAAAUAUUGAAAACGACGUAGAGAGAGAUGUCAGUAUGACGCAGGGCGGAGAAGAGCGCUCGGGAGAAGUGGUCAGAAGACGGAGAGGGAGACCGCGCAGGAGCAAAGUACAAAGGGAUGACUUCCAUAGACCAAGAUGCGAGCAUAAUGGUAGAGGGGCUACCUCCUAUGUCCAGAAGACGAGCUCGUCUUUAGACGUCGUGACGACGUCUUUGAGGGAUAGGAGAAGGUUUUCGUCUUUAGCCUUCGCGACGUUGUCGGUUGCCCAAGAGACGCAGGGCUCUCGUCGCGGGGCACCCAGGUGUCGGUAUGCAGAGGUCAUUGCCGGCCUCACUACAGAACUAGAAGCAGCCAACGAAAAGGCUGCCGAUUUUUGGCAAACAUUGUGCGAUAACCAGGAAGAUUCCACCGAGAUUAUCCGAGAUCGCGACGAGGUUAUCGUUGCUUUGAAGAUUGAGCUGGAGGAAUCAAAGGCCGAAGAAGAAGAACUUCGGUAUCGUCUCGCCCUACACCAGGAAAGUCUCGCCAUUGCCGACGAGAACCUCGCCGAUGCUGAAGACGAAAUUCUUCACAUCAUCUCUGCUGCAAAAGCCUGGGAAGCCCAAGCCAAUGCCACUAUUGCCGGUCUUCGUUCUCGUAUCUCUGUCUCCGCCGCUACAGUUAAACCUCGUCAUGUCUCCAAGCCUCGCUAUCUGUCCCCUCGCUCUCAGGAUCCCCGUACCGUUAGUAAUUGGCGAGAAAGGCCAAUUGAAAAUGUGUCCCCAAAGCCGGCGCUAAAAGUCUCUGUUCUCCCUGCUGUCACCGUGCCCGAAGACAAGAUGUCUGAAGACUCUCUUGUCGUCACCUGCUCUGUCUCCCAGAACCCCGAUUCCUUCGUCCCUACCUAUGCUCUUAUCGAUACAGGAGCAUCAGGUUAUGCGUUCAUUGAUCAAGACUUUAUGAAAAAACAUGGACUCUCCCCAGUACUCCUGAAAAAACCACGCCUACUCGAGGUAAUCGACGGUAGGCUAGUUGAAUCAGGAAAAAUUACUCAUAUCGUCCACCUCUUGUUAAACAUCCAUGGUCAUCAGGAAACCGCUCAGUUUUUCGUUACCCAAUUGGGUCACUAUCCGAUUGUGAUGGGGAUGCCUUGGAUGCGACAACAUGAUGUUACCAUCCGACCAAAAGAAAAUCUGCUUGUUUUUGAUUCUCGGAACUGUCGUCAACACUGUUCACUCAGUGGAACGGCAGUUACUGUCCAUGGCAUUUCGAUUCCCUUACCGGAACACCAUACGGUUGUCGCUUCAGGAACGAAUAAGCCUAAUGUCAAUGUCGAACAGUUAGUACCAAAGGAAUUUCAUCACCGUCUCCAUAUGUUUGAAGAGUAUGAUGCCUCAGUCCUACCACCGCACCGGCCAUCCCACGAUAUCGAAAUUGUUUUAGAAGAAGGAAAACGACCACCGUAUGGACCAAUAUAUGGCCUUUCCCAGGUGGAACUAAAAGCGCUACGGGAAUACCUCGAUGAAAAUCUACUCAAGGGAUUUAUUCGAGCCAGUGAAUCACCAGCGGGAGCACCCAUACUAUUUGUAAAGAAAAGUGAUGGGACUCUUCGGCUCUGCGUGGAUUAUCGGGGCCUCAAUGCAAUUACGGUUAAAAAUCGGUAUCCGUUACCACUUUUGAAGGAAACUCUGGCUAAACUGUCAAAGGCACAGUAUUAUACCAAGUUGGAUUUGCGAUGGGGAUACAAUCAAAUCAGGGUAGCAGAGGGGGAUGAAUGGAAAACAGCGUUUAGGACUCGUUAUGGACAUUUCGAGUAUACCGUAAUGCCAUUUGGAUUAGCGAAUGCCCCUGCCACAUUUCAACAUUGGAUUAAUGAUAUUCUACGCCCCUACCUCGACCAAUUUAUAACGGCGUAUUUGGACGAUAUCCUGAUUUAUUCCGAAACCCUAUCGGAACACAAGGAACACAUUCAAAGGGUUUUGAAGGUACUUGAUGAGAAUCAUGUCCACCUUAAACCUGAGAAGUGUGAGUUUAUGGUUCAAGAAACGAAGUAUCUUGGUUUGAUUCUCACCCCGGAUGGGAAUCGAAUGGAUCCGAAGAAAGUUGUCGAUGUUUUGGAGUGGUCUAUACCAAGGAACCUUCAUGAUGUUCAAGUAUUUUUGGGAUUUGCGAAUUUCUAUCGACGGUUUAUUUUAGGAUAUUCAAGAAUUGUUGCUCCGCUUACGGCUUUGACCAAGAAAAAUAUUAAAUUCGAAUGGAUGGAUGAGAGGGAGGAGGCAUUCCAGAUAUUGAAAAAGAUGUUCAUAACGGCACCUAUACUAAUGCAUUUUGAUCCGGAUCGGAAAAUCGUGGUAGAAACCGAUGCAUCCGACUAUGUUUCUGCUGGAAUCCUGUCCCAACGUGACGACGAAGGAAUUCUACAUCCAGUCGCUUUCUUCUCUAAGAAACAUUCCCCUGCGGAAUGUAACUAUGAGAUCUAUGACAAAGAACUCCUGGCGAUCGUACGAUGUUUUGAGGAAUGGCGACAUCAUUUAGAGGGGGCACAAUUCCCAAUUGAAGUUCUUAGCGACCAUCGGAACCUUGAAUAUUUUAUGUCAACAAAGUUAUUAAACCGUCGACAAGCCCGUUGGUCGGAAUUUCUUUCAAGUUUCGAUUUCGUCAUUCAAUUUAGACCAGGGAAACAAGGGGCAAAGCCGGAUGCAUUGACUAGGAGGUCGGCUGACCUACCUAAGGAGGGGGAUGAAUGGUUGACGCAUCAAAGCCAGGUGGUUUUGAAGCGAAAAAAUUUGGAUUUAAAGCUAAGUUUGUUCGCGGGUUCUUUUUCAAAUGAAUCCGCUGAAGGAAUGUCCACUGUAGAAGAGUUGUUUUUAAAUGCUUACCAAGUUGACAGUUUCCCGAACAAAGUACUCGCGAUGCUUCGGAAUGGCGUCCGUCACUCGAAUAAGAUCUCGCUUGCCGAAUGCACGGAAGAUAACAACGGUCGGCUACUUUACCGUGGCGCACUCUAUGUACCGGAUGACAAUGACCUUCGACUAAGACUUCUACAAGAGCACCAUGACAAACCAUCGGCAGGACAUCCAGGCAGAGCAAAGACUUUGGAACUCCUGAAUCGAGAGUAUUACUGGCCACAAAUGCGAAAGUAUGUCGAUCAGUAUGUUCGAAAUUGCAAUGUGUGUGCCCGUAGCAAGGCACCACGUAAUGCACCCUAUGGAGUACUCCGCCCCAUGCCAAUACCAGAGGGACCAUGGACGGAUGUGUCAAUGGAUUUUGUUACCGAUCUUCCUGAAAGCAAUGGGUACAAUGCAAUCCUGGUUGUGGUAGAUAGGCUGACCAAAAUGCGACAUCUGAUACCAAUGACUAAGGAGGCGGAUGCAAGAGAAGUAGCGAGGCUGUAUAUCGACAAUGUUUGGAAGUUACAUGGAUUACCUAAUACCACUGUAUCCGAUCGAGGGACUCAGUUUGUUGCAGAAUUCUGGAGGUCACUUUGCGAUCGUCUAGAAAUAUCACCAAAGUUCUCUACCGCAUUUCAUCCUCAGACGGAUGGACAGACGGAACGGAUCAAUGCUAUCAUGGAACAAUACCUUCGGAGUUAUGUUUCCUAUCAACAGGAUGAUUGGGCUCGAUGGCUACCGAUGGCCGAAUUUGCAACAAACAAUCAUGCUUCGGAAACAACCAAAAUCUCUCCUUUCUAUGCCAAUUCGGGAAGAAAUCCAAGAAUGACUUUUGGUCCCCUAGAACAUGGACGGACAACAGCGGAGGAUCAAGCUAAUGGUAUUGUACAAGAAAUGAAGGAGAUAUUAGGUUUCUUAAAGGAUGAGAUGUUUCGAGCGCAACGAAUACAAGAGGAAUCAGCCAAUGUAAAUCGGACUCCAGCCCCCCACUAUCGGGUAGGAGACAAAGUUUUCUUGUCGACACGUUAUGUCCUUACGAAACGACCAUCCAAGAAACUCGAUUGGAAACGCCUCGGACCCUAUGCGAUCAAACGAGUUGUCAGCCCCUAUGCCUAUGAAUUAGCACUUCCUCGAUCUAUAAAAGUUCAUCCCGUAUUCCACGUCUCCUUACUAUCGUCUGCAGCAAAUGAUCCUUUACCAGGACAACAACAGUUACUGCCACCGCCGGUCGAAGUUGAAGGACAAGAGGAGUGGGAAGUCGAGAAUAUUUUGGAUUCCAGGGAUCGUCGAGGAAGAUUUGAAUAUUUGGUUAAGUAUGCCGGUUAUGACGAAGCUUCGUGGCAGCCAUUGUCGGAUGUCGAACAUUCGCCCGAUAUUGUCAAACGGUUUCACGAAUGA